AAAGAAAACCAUUAUCAGACUCUGCGUAGUCUCUGGUUGUUCUUUAUUUUAUUUUCUUUAUAUUCUGAGUUAAGAUAAUUGUAAUCCUUUUGUUCUUUAAUAAACCGAAGUCCAUUCAAGGGACGAUUCGUAUACCUCACUUCAAGAGUAAAUUCCUUUGUUACCAACUUCUUCAGUGAAAGAGAAAGGACUUCAAGGGUUCUCGAGCCCAGCGGUACGAAGACUCCACCUUCUGAGAAGACGUGCAAUGGGCAAUGCUGUUGCGAAGAAUGUCUGUAAGAUCUGGGAGGGGGUGGAGCACAUGAUAUAAAGGCAGCGUUGGAAGAAUGACAGUCAUGAGUCAUUUCAUUGGCUGUCUGAUCCACACUCUGAAAAAUGGCAAACGCGAAUCCACAGCAACAUGAAAAGGUUACCAUCCGCGAGAGAAUAAAUUCACGUGGAAUAAGGGAGCGCUUCAUAACAGGGCAGCAUUGUAGUUUAGAGGAACUGAGAGUGCAAAUGCCCAGGCAGAGGCCACAGGAUUACAUGCUUAAGUACUUAAUGAAGUACAUCCCACCCUAUCCAGCUCCAGCUGAAUUUUGGGUUUCAGAUGUAGCCCAUGUUACUGAUGAGUACGGAUUCAUGGGGAUACUGAAGUCUGAGCAGUUCAGACCUCCUGUAAGUGAUUUCUCAUGGUGGGACAUAAAAAUUAACAAAGAGGAGAUAAGAGCAGCAGAGAUGCGCUAUGUGGAGAAAAAUUUCUCAAUCCAAGCAGAAGAGCUGAAAAAGCCAGAGUCGUUUUUGGAGAAGUUCACCACAUCACCCCUGUUCCAACUAGAGAAAUCCCGCUACGGCAAUCAUCGCUUCACAUUUCCGCUCACUGAUCUGAUGCAAUGGUACAAGGAACAGAACUGUGGAGGAGAAGAGCCGGUUCUCAGAGUUUACGAGACCAUCACCUACAAACAGGAGAUUGUGUACACCGUGCUGAUUCACAGUCCUGAGGAUAACACUCGUUUUGCAGAAUACCCGCUUCUUGAAGCGAGUGAGUGUGUUCGUUACAAGGAUGGGAGGAUUAUCUGGAAUGCACAAGCCUUUAGUGAAACCCACUGGUAUCAGUUUGAUUCAGGAGAAGUGCAAAGGCUAAAUACUCAUCAGUUUUAUGUCUGGGAUCAGGUUAGCUUAGUCUUUCACUUGCCUAAUUGUAAGAAAAUAGAAAUCGACAGAAAACGGCUUAUAAACGCCCUCGAGGCCUGUCAACUUGAUAAUAUAGAUCUCUGGCGGUACAAAAGUCCUAAAGACAAAGAGAAACGCUUCUAUGAAGCAAAGAUGAAAGUGAGUGAAUUGAAAAGAGAGCUGGAGGAGGAAGAGAAAGAAAAAGAGAUCAAAGAUGAUGAUAAAAUAAAAAUGGAGGUAGAUCCAUGAUUGUGAACGAUUCAAAGUAGGAGUUAGACAGUAAAGAGGUUGAAGAUCAGUCAAAAAGUAUGAAACAUAUUCAUGGGUAGAAAGUACAAAAUACCUCUCAUACUGUAUAUUUAACCAUAUUUUGCCACAUAGGAUUUAAUAUUCAUAUCUAUUUUUUCUAUCAAUUCUGAAAUAAUCCCAACAAUGUAAUGUUUUGUAAUCGUUUUAGUUUAAAAAAUAUGAAAUAUGAGAUGUGUAAUGAUCAUUUUCUGGAUUUAUUGUGAGUGCACAAAUGAUAAUAUGUAUGUAACAGGAGAAGAAUAAAAAAAUAUCUGUGAUUUAAUUUUCUUUAGUUAAAAAAAAAGUUUCGUUUACAAUUAGGAAAGAUUUCAUCAUAUGUGUGGCAACCUGGAAAUUUAGCAAUCCAUGUAUCAGCUCGGUUUUGGAAGGUGGAAGGAAACUGGACAACCUGGACACAGACGGGGAUGUGAAUGUGUCAGUAAACCCCUUGCUCUUUAAGAACCAAAUAUCAGAAAAUGAAAAAAUGGCUUGUCAUUUUAUUAUUCAUUUACAAAUCCAAAACAAAAAUAAAAAAAAUAAAUUAAAAAAACGUAUAAAAAACAAGGUUAUUUUUUUUUUUGUUUUUUCAUUUUGGAUUUGUAAAUGAAUAAUAAAAUAACAAGACAUUUUUUUCUGAUAUUUGGUUCUUAAUUGAAUAUGAAAAGAACAAAAGAUACACAAAAUGGUCAUAAAUUGCAGGUUGUAUCUUACUUAUUAAUGUCUAACUGAACAUUUAUCCUACAUCCUACAACUUUGUUUGAAGUUUUCAGCAAUUGGCCUAAUCUGAAUAUUAGCUAUAAUUAUGUUAACGUCAUCUACGAUAUAUAAGACGUCGAUAACAAAAUAAAUCGCCUGAAAAUCGAUUGAACAUGAAGCAAGUUAUACGAUUUAUCAGCUUAGACUCGAACCUCUCCAUAGACAUAAAUUAAAAUACCGUUGUGUCUAGUCCCUUCCAAUAUGGCGGACGUGUUGACGUAUGACCUAUGCUAACAUCAGCGGGACCCAUAAUUUCCCAUUAGCAGCGAAAGACUGUUGGACUAUGGCAUGCUGGGAAAAGAGACCUAUUUCAGAGGUGUACAGAAAUGAACUUUACUCACUAAUUACGGACUGCUAUAAGGAACAAAGUGGAUGCCUACGCCUUAUUCAGCUAAUUUGGUCAAAAUGUCAUCACUGUCUCUAGCAGCUAAAUGAAGUACAACAAUGUUCGCCGGUCCUCUACUCUACGUGACACCUGGCGAAGCACAAUCUCCUCACUAGAGUCAUAACCUAAGAUGGCCACCUCAGCAGGUUUAUGCGUCCUCUAGGUGGCGCUAGAGGAUCAUGGAGCCCGACGUCGUCCGCAUGUACUCCUCCUCCCCCCCUCCACUGGAUGAGGACGGAGAGGAGGAAGACGAAGACGACUUUGGUGAGUUCGGAGGUUACUGCUGCAACGUGUCAUCUGGUUUCAGCUUCUCGGAGUACGACACGCCCAACGCGUUCGAUCAGUCGUACGAGACCAAUACCUCGCCUCCUGAUCUAUACAACACGUUCACACAGAGUGUCAGUCAGCCAGGAAAAGACUUGGCAGUUGAAGAGACGAAAGACCAGGAGGCACCAAAUCCUGAGUCGCUGAUACACAAGACCGAUGUUGCUGUGGACUACGGGAAUGGAAAAGUGGAGGCAUCUAAAGUUCUCAUCAAUGGCCCUUUAUUCUCCGACUCCCAUGAGGAGCAAUCUAUGGUCUCUGUGACAGGGAAGCAUAGCAGCUAUGAGCUUCAGGAUUUCAAAUUGGACGGCAAAGAUGAGCACAGUGACGACCCAAACACAGAUCAAGUGGGACACUGCCUCAGUAAUGGACCCAUCACAAUUUGCACCAUUAAAAAGCCGGCGCGGCUUACAGUAAUUAGCGCCGACAGCACGGUAUCUGUGUUAGCAUCUAGAGCAGAGGAUUCCAGUACAGAAACUAACAAAGCUUCUAGAGCAGUUGCUGAUUCUCAGCAGUUAUUGGAGGAUAACAUCUCCCUGAGGGAGGAGUCUGAGGAUGGGGGUGCUCUGGCAGGAGAGGAGGUAUCUGAAUCCCAGGAACUUGAUUUCAGUCUAGCAGCUGGAGAUCAAAGCAGCAAGGAAAAAAUGGAUGAAGAUGCACUCUCUGGUCUUUGUGGGCCUUCUGGUGCGUCCUUUUGCGAAAUAGAGAUUCAGAGUGGCUCUGAAAAUCUUGGAAACAUUGUUGAUACAUCGUUGGAACAAGUUGUGGAGAAGACUCCAAUGUCUGAUGCACAGCUUAAGGAAAACGUUGAGGCGGAAGAGGUUAACGUGGAGGUUAACGAGACCCCAGGAAGCCCAGUGGUUAAAGAACCCCUUGCGGUUCCUGGAAGAGUGGAACUGGAAGAAGAUUUUGAGCAAGUGUGUUUGCCUGUGGUUGACCCAACAGUUAUGAUAGUCCCUAAUCCGGAGGCAGAUCCAGUUAUAAGGGACGUUAAGAGAAUUGUAGUUGGGUCUUCAGUGGAGUCGGAUGAGGACUUUGGAGACUUCCGGGAUGCCACUCAGGGUUUUCCAGACGUCAGCCAGACCGAAUCCACGAGUCAGGAGGGAUUUGCUGACUUUGUGACUGCAUUAUCGGAUUGCUCGUCGAACGACGAGUUCGCAGAUACAGACACCCUGAAGGACUUGAAGGAGGAAGAGGAGCUGACUGCAGAUGAUAAAGAUGAUGACGACGACAAUAAUGAUCAGGAAAUGAUGUGUUCAGGACUCCCCCCAAGCGAUAGCUUUGCAGAUUUUAGUUCGGCUCCGUUUGGUGGCAUGGCAGGCACUACUGGUGAAAGUUGGGCAGAGUUUGGGCAGCACGAGGAGUGUGAGGUACAGCAAGAGUCGUGGGCAGCGUUUGAUGAGGAACAGCAAAAUAGUACUGCAACAGCGCCCUCUACUGAUAGCCUCCAGACUGACAAUGUGUUGUGUGGGUUGAGUCACAAACUGCAGCAUCUUUUCGAAAGCGCUUUCCCUUCAGAGACGGCUCCAGACGACUCGGACCUGCUGACCCUCCAGGCCCUGCUGGAGCCCCAGGACCAUGCGGAGAUCAGGGAGUCUGUAGCCAUGUGGCGCCACCUGUUGGACAUCCACAGCGCCCACGGCCUCAAAGUGCAAUGGGUCGGCUCACACAGCAACAGGAUUCUGCUGGACUGCCUGGGAAUCUACAACAUUUUGUUUACUGGUCAGAAAAAGCAGCCCGUCAUCGUACCCAUGUUCGCUGCUGGUCUGGGAAUGCUUGAACCUACCAAAGAGCCUGUGAAACAUUCCUCCAUCUUUUCUGCAUCCUCACCUGGUCAGGGAAGAUCCGCACUGUGCGCUCAGCAGGUGGUGUCCUCGUUAAGCCUCGAAGACGACGCACCAGGGGGCGCAGUCACACAUCUCAACCUUGAUUUCUUUGGGCCAGUGGAGGACUGUAGCUCAGACAGUGACACUGAUACGCCGAUGCCAGGAGUGGAUCCAGAGCUGUAUGAGCUGACCACUGCUAAACUAGAGAGCAAUAACUCUGGCAGUAAUGUAACCGACGCCUUCGCCAGACUGAUGGAGACCGUUGAAAAGAAUAGCACUGUAACCAGGCAGCCCGAGCGAGACGGAGAGAUAAGCCAGGAGGCGGCCCACGUGAUCGCUCUCCUCCCCGAUCUGUCCUUCAUGCACGCAAGAGUCCUCAUGUUCCCUUCCACCCUGACUCCGGCUGCCAAUCACCCGUGACCUUCGACCUCCAGUCAGUUUUCGCCUCGCGGCUUUCGUCUCUCCAGUGACCUCUGACCUCAACCCGAAUCCGUACAGCAUUCUCAUUCGUAACAGCGAGAGAAAGCGCCGUCACUUACGGAAGCGCUUUUAAUCUUUCCGUAGCGCGUGGUUUUCGGUGUUAAUCCUUUCUGUUAAACGUUCCGCACUAGCGCUUUUUAUUUUUCAUCUGAAAUUUCACACGUGUGAAAGAGAUAGGAAAAACACUUGCACAUUUUGUUACUUGAAAACUCACUAACUUAUUAACGAAUCUUGACGACUUUUACUUUUUAUAUCCGUUUUUGACUCUUUUUUUUUUUCUUUCUUUCUUUCUUUCUUUCUUCGUGUUCCGUAAAAGUUUUACUUCAUCACAAAUUUCUCAAAGUCUCUUUUUAUUUCUAACCGAGUUAGACAAGUGUUGUACGUUUCCAUUCUUUUGUUUUGAAAUGCCUCUCCUUUUAACUCAACGACGAACACUUGUUCAGGAAUGUUACUAAAGAUAUGAGUUUUUAUUUAUAACCAUUACCAUAAGGUAAAUACUUGUGUAUUUAUUAUAUCAUAUACAGCAUACGUCUUCUUUGUGUGUGUGUGUGUGUGUGUGUGUGUGUGUGUGUGUGGUGUUAUUUUCGUCAAAUCCCUGUUAAGCAUGUGAGGUUGGAAUUUUGCACCGGACUGACUGACACGUAAGAAUGUUUCUGUGUAAACGUAACAAAAUAAAACACAGUAUGCUCGAGAA